AUUUAAUUGUUGUUCUUCUGGCCUCGGCGCCGUGGUGAAAGGAACGCGUAGAGCUGGAACUAGACUCGGAGUCGUGGCUCCUGCGCCCAGCGGUCUUGCGUGUCCUCGGCCAAGUGCCUCUCCCCAGCCUCGCUCUCUGUGGGACAGACACCGGCGCCUUCGUCACGGAGUGCUGCAGGGUCUGCGUCCGUGGGCUCGACACACUUAAACUGGGGGUUGCGUUGUUACAAUGAAGCAUGUCUACAGUAAACUUCCAAGAAACUCCCGAUGAGAGAUGUUCUUAGAGAAGCAGAGUAGAGUUAAAAAAGUAUACGUUACUACCCUCAUGUUAAAUUAGAUCAUAAAACUGCAAACCUUAUCAAGACCAGGAUCUCUUUUUUUCUAUGGAAAUGUUUUCACUGACGGUCAAUAUGCGUUUCCACAGCUCUUGGCUGUGUCUGGGUCUUCUGUUCGUCUCUGUUAACACAGAAUCCAUAGAUGAUGGUGUUGAAAUGGUGGAAGACUUUGAUGAAAAUUCAGAAGAGGUUGAUAUGAAGGAAGGAGAACUCUCCCCCGAGAUAAAUUAUAAGACACCUCAACCUAUAGGAGAAGUAUAUUUUACAGAAACUUUUGAUAAUGGAAGGUUGGCUGGGUGGGUCUUAUCCAAAGCAAAGAAAGAUGAUGCAGAUGAGGAUAUUUCUAUAUAUGACGGAAGAUGGGAAAUAGAAGAACUGAGAGAGAACCGCGUGCCUGGUGACCGGGGGCUGGUGCUCAAGUCCAGAGCGAAGCACCACGCCAUCUCCGCUGUCCUGGCCAAGCCCUUCGUCUUUGCCGACAAGCCUCUGAUCAUCCAAUAUGAAGUAAAUUUUCAAGAUGGUAUUGAUUGUGGAGGUGCAUACAUUAAACUCCUAGCAGACACUGAUGGUUUGAAUCUGGAAAACUUUCAUGAUAAAACAUCUUAUACCAUUAUGUUUGGACCAGAUAAAUGUGGCGAAGAUUAUAAACUUCACUUUAUCUUCAGACACAAACAUCCCAAAACUGGAGUUUUUGAAGAGAAACACGCCAAGCCUCCCGACGUAGAUCUUAAAAAGUUCUUUACGGACAGGAGGACGCAUCUCUACACCCUCGUGUUGAAUCCAGAUGACACAUUUGAAGUAUUGAUUGAUCAAAUCGUUGUAAACAAAGGAAGUCUGCUAGAGGAUGUGGUUCCUCCCAUCAACCCUCCUAAAGAAGUUGAAGAUCCCAGUGACAAAAAGCCUGAUGAUUGGGAUGAGAGAGCAAAAAUCCCGGAUCCUUCUGCAGUCAAACCAGAGGACUGGGAUGACAGUGAACCUGCCCAAAUAGAAGACUCAAGUGUCGUCAAGCCCGAGGGCUGGCUGGACGACGAGCCGCAGCUCAUCCCAGACCCGCACGCCGAGAAGCCAGCUGACUGGAACGAAGACAUGGACGGGGAGUGGGAAGCACCUCGAAUUUCUAACCCAGCGUGUCAGGUUGGGUGUGGUGAGUGGCAGCCCCCCAUGAUAGACAACCCGAAAUACAAAGGCGUCUGGAGGCCUCCGAUGAUAGACAAUCCGGGCUACCAGGGAGUCUGGAGUCCUCGAAAAAUUCCUAAUCCAGAUUAUUUUGAAGAUGACCAUCCGUUCCUGCUGACUCCGUUCCGCGCUCUUGGUUUAGAGCUUUGGUCCAUGACCUCUGAUAUCUACUUUGAUAAUUUCAUUAUCUGUUCCGAAAAAGAAGUGGCAGAUCGCUGGGCUGCAGAUGGUUGGGGAGUCAAAAUAAUGGUUGCAAAUGCCAAUGAGCCUGGUAUAUUGAGGCAGCUAAUGACAGCCGCAGACGAGCGCCCGUGGCUUUGGAUCAUUUAUCUCAUGACAGCAGGACUUCCGAUUGUGUUGAUUAUUUCAUUUUGUUGGCCACGAAAAGUAAAGAAAAAAUAUGAAGAAGCUGAGUAUAAAAACACUGAUCUGUGCAAACCCCAGACCAAGGGGGCACUAGAGCAAGAAGUGAAGGAAGAGAAGGCAGCCCUGGAGGAGAAGCCAGCAGACCUGGAAGAGGAAAAAAAACAGAGUGACGGCGAAAUUCUUGAAAAAGAAGAGGAAGGUGAGCCUGAGGAAAAGAGUGAAGAAGAAAUUGAAAUCAUAGAAGGACAAGAAGAAGAUGAAAGAAGCAGACGAGAGCACGGGGUCUGGAGAUGGGCCUGUCAAGUCCGUGCGCAAAAGGCGAGUCCGCAAGGAGUGAGGCCGCGAGUGUCCACGCCGCGGGGGUGUCCGGAGUCAGGUGCCGCCCGGCCCGCUCUGCUGCUAGCCACAUUAUCCCUUCAGACAUUUAUUUUAGGAAAAGAAAACCUUUGAAGUUACCUGGUCUGUAAAUUUAGAAUAAAAGAAAAGUGACACGUUACCUAUCAGAUUUCAGAGACUGGUAUCAUUAGGAGUGCCACAGUUUUAAUAGUUCGGAGAACGUUUUGGGUUGUGGAGGGUGAAAUAAUAUGCAGCAGCUCUGCUGCUGUUGGGGGAGAACUCAGUUACUGGAAUUUCCUCUUCAAGGUUCUGCUUCAGUAUAACUGGUGGUUUUAUAAUAAAAGCCAGAGUGUGUUCUGUUGUACAGAGCUACAUGCAAUAAAGUUUCUGUAUGGUUGUUUGAUCCUAUCAGCAAUUGAAAGUGUUGUAUGUGACCCACACUCACCUGGUUUGUGUCAAAUUAUAGUCAUGGUCUCUUGUUCACUCAGUUUAUAGAUUCUUUUAAAGAGGUGCUUUGUUGACAGGCAAGUCGACGAAACAAACGUCUGUCAUUCAUAGAAUCACUGGCUAUUAGUGCAGCAUAUUUUACAUUUGAUAACAAAAAUAAUAGGUUUCUCGAAAUGAAAUGGUGUACAUAUUUUUCCCAAACCUUUACAGUUUUCUGCUAGAAUGGCUUGCCCUAGUCACAGGCAAGCUCAUGCAUAGAUUGCUCUGGAAAUAAAAUUUAAAGCUUUUUUCAUUCUUUAAAUUAUACCACUCUCUAAUAGGGAAAUGAUUGUCAAGGCGUCUUUAAGUUAUUCUCCUUUAUCUGAUAAUUAAGAGUCCAGUGGCUAAUGACGAUCAGUCAUCAUGCUUUGUGUUUUCAUCUCAUUUCCCACUCUAAGUCUGUUCUCUCAUCAGCUGCACAGCUGCCUCUAAGGUAGACAGCAGCCCCUCCAGCUGCCUCCCCCAGUGACGGGACCACAUCAGAAUGGAGACAUUAUUCCACUGGAAAUAGUUUAAGAGCUUUUCAUGUUAAGGUGACAGGUCAGACCCCGGGGAGCUGAUAGCACAGAACCGCCCACACAGCAGCCACCGCAGAGAUGGUCCCCAGUGAUGCUUUGACCCCUCGCAGACUUGCUUACUCGGUCAGGGGGCACCUCCCAACUGAGUCCCCAUGCAGCCCCCUCUCCAGCAGCACAUUUGGAGCCUUCGUGUAAGGAAGACCAGUCUGUGGAUCUUCCUUGUGUGAAAGGAAGCCGAACCCAGCCAGUAGCAACUAUUUGUUCGCUGUCCUGGAGUGGAGACUGCAAGUACACGCUGGGUUCCCCUGGCGGGUUCUGCGUGUCCCCGCGUCAGGGCUGGACAGUCUGGCCACCCGGUCGCCACACUUUGUUCAUGACUCCCUGGACUUACCACGUCCACGAGGACACCCUUCUCUUGCUCUGUAUUUGAAUGUCCAAGCGAACUAGACGUAUUGAGCGAUUCCAGAUGAGAGUGUGGCUGAGCGUGAACUACUCCUUUAGGGGAGAAACCCUUUCUUACUUUUAUGGAAACCUUGCCUGACAAAUGUCUUGUAUGAAUAUUUUUCCUAAAGAUUUAUUAAAGCUGU